UCAGUUGUUUGUGAAGUCUCCACGUGUAUGGAAUCGUGGCCAAACGAUUGGCAAACACAAAGUGCAAAAUGGAGAGCCGGAAUGCCGAUGAUAUUGAGGUGCGCCAGGUAGCCGCCGGUGGAACGGAGGAGCUGAUGACCUUCCUGCUGGCCCACUAUUACCCCGAGGAGCCGCUGACCGCGGGCACACAUCCGCCGGAGCCGGAGGCGGCGGACAAGGAGUUCCUGCUGUCCAACGUUCCCCAUGGCACAUGCUUUGUGGCACUGCACGGCGGCAGGAUUGUGGCCGCCGUGGUGGCGGGACCCAAGGACAUCCACGAGCCGGAGCACAUGGCCGAGGAGGCCGUCAAAUAUGCCGGCGGUAAGUGGGGCACCAUACUGCAUCUGCUCUCCGCGGUGGAGACGGCCACCGAUGUGUGCCGUCGCUUCAACGUGCCCAGCUGCCUGCAUGUCCAUGCACUGGGCGUGGAUCCGGAGCUGAGGGGUCGCAACCUGGGCGGUCGCCUCAUGGAGGCAGUGGCCCAGCGGGGCCGGGAACUGGGACACCAGCUGAUCUCCGUCGACUGCACCAGUGUGUACUCCGCCAGAUUGGUCCAGCGCCUGGGCUACCAGCGGAUCAACACGUUGCGGUACGUGGAUCACCUGGACGCCAGUGGGCAGCAGCUCAUCCGGCCGCCGCCGCCACACGAGAGUGUCCAGACCUUUGUGCUGCAUUUGUAGGCCAUGUAACCUGUCCAUGUCCACCUGCCAUGUUAUCUUCACAAAACCCCAUAACACACCCCAAAAAUAUCUUAUCGCAAGUUUAUGAACCUGAUAAGUGAGCCCUGCAAAAGCUUAUCACUUUAGUAUAGCAACGCCGAAAUGUACUAAUAUUUCGGAUUAAAAUAGCAAUAUUUUAUAUUUAAUAAAGGUAUUAGUGUAUUAAUUGUAA